AUUUUGAAUGACAAGUUGAUACGCUAUGCUGUAUAACAGAAAACAGCAAAACUUAAGCGUAAGACAGAAAAAGGACAGGGUAUUCAGUUGAUAAGACACGUGCCGGAUAUAAGAAUGGCAAUAGAUGAUGAUAAAGACAUUGUAAAGCAAGAUGGAGAAUAUGUAUAUGAAGCUGUUAUUAAUACCAUUGGUUACGGAAAAUUCAGCGUUUUUCUCUUUUUGUUCUGCUGUUUGGCUGCAAUGGCUGAUGCCAUAGAAAUACUGUCACUGUCGAUGGUAAUGUCGACUGCUGUGUGUGACCUUAACCUCACAACUUUUAUUAAAGGUUGGAUCGAUGCAUCUGUUUUCAUAGGAAUGUUUUUUGGGGGUUUAAUAUGGGGGCCUAUUGGUGAUAUCACUGGUAGAAGAACAGCUUUAUUAGCAUCUCUUAUGGUUAACUGGGUGUUUGCCUUGACGUCCAGUUUUGUUUUCGGCUAUAGAGAAUUUCUGGCUCUUCGAAUUUUAAGUGGCUGUGGUAUCGGUGGCAGUGUUCCUGUUAUAUUUAGUUAUUUUGCCGAAUUUCAACAAAAGAGUCAUCGAGGUACUAUGUUAAGUGUCCUAACUUUAUUGUGGAUGAGUGGUAAUGUUGUCGAAUCUGGAUUAGCUUGGAUAAUUCUUCCAGACCAAGUGGGAUUUACAACAUCUGUGAUUGACUAUAGAGGAUGGAGAUUGUUUAUAUGUCUGUGUGCUGUUCCAAGUUUCGUCUCUUUUAUAGCAUUUAUAUUUAUGCCAGAAAGCCCCAAGUAUCUUCUACAGCAAGGUAAGGAAGAUGAAGCAAUACAAAUUUUACAGAAAAUAUACAAAAUGAACAACGGAAAAGAAUUAUUCGAGAUAAAGAAACUAAUUAUUGGUGAUACAGAAAAAGAUCAACUUAUUAAUAAUACAACAGACACCAUACCAAACAAGAGUUCAAAUGUUUGUCUAUUUUCAAGGUUUUUCAGCACAAUAAAAGCCAUUUUUAGAAAGUUGGCCUCAUUAUUUAACAGACACUAUGCAUUAAAAACUAUACUUCUGUCAAUAAUAUCUAGUACAUUUUCAUUCGGUUAUUACGGAAUGUUUAUGUGGUUUCCUGAGUUAUUUUCAAGAUCUGAAAAUAGUGUGGGCUCUGUUUGUAGCUACAAACAAACAACUAAUGUGACCGACAGUUCAAUUAUAGAUGAUCCUGAUUGUUCUGGACCACCUAAUAUUGUUUAUAUACAAACAUUUAUUAUCAUGACUGCUUCAUUGGUUGGCUCUAUAUUACCAAUCAUUUUAUUAGACAAAAUUGGUCGUAAUAUUCUACUUCGAGUUAUGUUGACAAUUUUCGGUUCAUCCAUCUUUUUCUUGUGGUUAGCAAGAAGUACAAACAGUAUUCUUAUUAUUAGCUGUGUGUUUACGUUCUGCUCUACGGCAAUCUGGUGUAUUCUGGAUAUUCUGCCCUUGGAAAUGUAUCCAACAGAAUUAAGAUCAACUGCUAUGGGGGCUAUACUGGCUUUUGUUCGAUUGUUCGCUACACUAGCUAAUGUGACAUUUGGCACAUUAAUGGACAGUAACUGUUCUGUUAUUAUAUUGCUAACAUCAGGACUUGCACUUAUUGGUGGACUAGCAUCUUUAAAACUAACAGAUAUGACAAAAAAAGAUAUAAAUUAAAUAGUAUGCCCUACCUCCUGCUAGACAUUUCCUAUUAACGCUAUAUUAUUUUUCUAUAGUUUAGUUUUUCUGCCUCCUAUAGCAUCACUGAAAUCAGAUGCAAUUAGAGGGUUUGCAGGCCUAACUAACUCAAGAAUAUUUCUGCAUUUAGUAUAAUUUUUGUACAGUUUUAAUUUUAACCUUUAGUACUGAUUUUGACAUUAUUAUUAUUUAAAAAGUAGAUAAAUGCUAUUUUUGAAGAUUGGAAACUUACUUCAGUUACCGGUACAUUGAAUGAAGAUGUCAUAAUGCUCAUUGGAAAAUGCUGAUAAAGAACUUCAACCACAGUACUGUGAAAUACGUUCCCAGAAAAGUAUUUAUCUGGUGGUUAUUUCCAAUAAAAGUGUGGCAUUUUCGUAUAUAUGGAAAGUAAAAAUAUCCAAUCUUACUAGAAAAUACUGGAUUCCCCGAAAAACACUCAUGGAGCGCAUACAGGACACACAUGUAAGGGUUUCCCAAAUCGACAGCCCUACGAUUAGGAAUGCCUGCUCGCGUGACGUCAAAGGUUGAGCGCUUGAUGUACAUGUUGAUAAAUUUUAUGAAGAGUUAGACGUACAACACUUUUGGAGAUAAAAAUUACGGAAAAAGACGUGGACAGUGGAUAAUCCGAGAAUUUAAUUAUGCAAUGUGUAUGCAAUGAAUUCUCCUCCGACUUCGCACCCGUUGCUAGGUAGUUCGUCAGCGAAGUCACGUGACACAAACAUAACCUCUUUUAAUAUUUUUUUUUUUUUUUUAUAGCGGGGAUAUUCCAUCGCGUAAACAUUGUUUUGAGAAGGAUUUGAAGCAAAAUUUGGAUAGAUUAAUUAGUUUGAAUAUGUUUUUAGUUCAAAUACAUCACAAAAUCACACAUCUUGUACACGGGAACGUAUCUUUAAGGGUAGGUGGGGAAAGGAUAAAAGUGUCGGGCAAAACACUCAACACACACCAUAGUUCAGCUCUAUGAGACCUAGGUUCAGAGCUGAACUACAUACACCACAGCGUUUUCAUAUCCCCUAUGUAUUGUCUGUCUAUUGUGCAUAAUAAUUCUUUAUCACCUUCAACGUAAUAUUUAUUUAUGCGUUCACUAAUAAAUUAUUUAUGGCUCAAACAAA